CUGAACUUGGUGUACGCACACUACACGAGACAAGCUUUAGUGGCUCAAGCCAUCUCCACGAGCCAAGGCGGGCACGGUCUUCGAAUACCUCACGUAAUGGAUUCCCGUUCUCUGCCUAUCUGGACCAAAAACCACUCCAGACUUCAAAUUGUUUCUCGUCUUAUAUUAACCCCCAUAACCAGAAGUAAUCCCCAGUACGCUCUGUGUACACGAAAAUUCAUGCUCCCUAGUUAUUCAAACUUGAGGCAUAUGAGACGAUCACAUAGUCGUUAUGUACCUCACAUGAUUUUCCUUGACAAGGCAGCUUUAAUAAAAUGUUUCCUGCUCAUAUUGGCACAUGACCAGCUCAGUAUAACUUGUAGCACCUUCUCGGCACUACUAAGUAAUGCAGAUCGCUGCUUCACACCCGAUCUUCCUCUAGAAAAGCUGUCUAUAUAUAUAUACCUACACAUCUAUCUUGCACAUGUAAUCCUCUCGUCACCCGUAGAAUCCUUGAAUUUUGCCUUUUAUUCUUCUUUUCUGACAUUGGCAUAUCAUGUCAUGCUCUUUCUAUGCUUGGUAAAGCCACAUUAGAUUAUCUGGCUUAAAGACUACCCUGCCAAAUGUGCAAAUGAAAGAAGAAAGGAAAAGCCCUCAUAAAGGGUAAUAUAUGCUCGAUGGUACUGAUGAUAUAGCACCCUCU